AGCAGAUCUUAAAGUAAAAGAGUUACGACAAUCAAUGGGUCUUAUAGCCGAAAGCCAAAAGUUAGAGAUGAAGACCAAAAGCUCUCUGGAUGUUGAGGAUGUGACAGAUGUGAAAUCUGGAUACUCGAUCACUUUUCACUUCAGCCCCAACCCCUAUUUUGAGGAUGGAAAACUAACGAAGAUUUUUAACUUCCUCGAAGAAGGGACUACCAAAAUCACAGCCACGCCUAUCCAAUGGAAAGAGGGCAAGGGCUUGCCAAAUGGAGUGAAUCACGAGAAGAAAGAAAACAAACGUGCAUUGCCUGAAGAGAGUUUCUUUACCUGGUUUAGCGAUGCUCAACACAAGGAGGACGUUGAGGAGGAGAUUCAAGACGAGGUUGCUGAUGAAGAGGAUUUUGAGGGAGAUGAUGAUGGAAAUGAGGGGAAAGAAGGCGACUCUGAAGAAGAUGAUAAUGAUGAAGAAGAGGAAGAUGGUGAGGAA